GAUUUGGGAGAAGUGGCCCCAGAAAUAAAAGCACCUGAGAGACGAACAGCUGUGGCCAUUGCAGAUUUGGAAUGGAGAGAAAUGGAAGGAGAUGAUGGUGAGUUUCAUUAUGGAGAUGGUCCGAAUGAGGCUCAGGACAGUGACUUUCCAACAGUGGAGAGGAGCAGACUACAAGAAAUGCUGUCCCUCCUGGGACUAGAGACGUACCAGGCACAGAAACUCAGCCUCCAGGACUCCUUGCAGAUCAGUAGUGAUAGCAUGAAGAACUGGGCUCCACAGGCUCCCAAAGACUUGCCCUGGAAUUUCCUCAGGAAGCUGCAGGCCCUCAAUGCCGAAGCCAGGAACACCACCAUGGUGCUGGACAUACCCCCGGACACCAGGCCUGUGGAGAAGGAGAGCCAGGUAGAAGAGGAGAUCAUCUACUGGGACACGGCCGACGACAUCUCUGCGGACAUCUAUUCCUUCUCCGAGCUGCCAACACCCGAUACGCCUGUGAAUCCCUUGGACCUUCUCUGUGCCCUUCUGCUUUCCUCGGAUAGUUUCCUGCAACAAGAAAUUGUGCUAAAAAUGUCCCUCUGCCAGUUUGCACUCCCUCUCGUUUUGCCCGACCCAGAAAACCACUACCACACGUUUCUGCUGUGGGCCAUGAGGGGGACUGUGCGGACAUGGGGGUCACAGCCCCCAAGGGCGGUGGGCAGCUUCAGAGAAGACAGCGUGGUCCUGUCCCGAGCGCCCGCCUUCGCCUUCGUGCGCAUGGAGGUCAGCAGCAACUCCAAGUCCCAGCUUCUCAACGCCGUGCUCAGCCCUGGCCACAGGCAGCGGGACUGUUUCUGGCAUCGGGAUCUGAACCUGGGCACCAACCCUCGGGAGAUUGCAGAUGGGCUGGUGGAAAUUUCCUGGUUUCUUCCCAGUGGCAGGGAGGACUUGGACAUUUUCCCGGAGCCCGUGGCCUUUCUGAACCUGAGAGGUGACAUCGGCUCUCACUGGCUGCAAUUUAAGCUCUUGACGGAAAUCUCCUCAGCCGUGUUCAUCUUGACUGACAACAUCAGUAAGAAGGAAUACAAACUGCUGUACUCCAUGAAGGGGUCGGCCACGAAAUACUAUUUCAUCCUGAGCCCCUACCGCGGGAAACGGAACACAAACCUGCGGUUUCUGAACAGGUUAAUCCCCGUGCUGAAGAUGGACCCCUCACACGUCCUGGUGAAGGUCAGCAGCACGGACAGUGCGGGCUUCGUGCGGCGGGUCCGCGCCAUCGUGGCGCACGUGACCCGGGCCCCCUGUAGGAGGGUAUCCGUGGAGGACAUGGCGCAUGCGGCCCGCAAGCUGGGGCUGAAGGUCGACGAGGACUGCGACGAGUGCCAGCGGGCGAAGGACCGGAUGGAGCAGAUCACCAGGAAGAUCAAGGACUCGGACGCCUACCGCCGGGCCGAGCUGCGGCUGCAGGGGGACCCUUGGAGAAAGGCGGCCCCGGUGGAGAGGGAGCUCUGCCAGGCCCAGUGGGCUGGGGACCCUCCCGAGAGGUGCAGGGCUGAGCUGAGGCAUCGGCUGCUGGAACUUCGAACGCAGCAGAAUGGCCACGACCCUGCCUGGGGGCUUCAGGAGUUCAUCUCUGGCAUCAGCAGCCCCUCUCUGGGCGAGAAGCAGUACUUUCUGAGGUGGAUGGAGUGGGGACUGGCCCGGGCGGCCCAGCCACGGUCGAGGGCGUCUCCGGAGACGAUGCUUACCCUGAGAGCAAAGCACCGUGGGGCCGCAGACUUCAGCGAGCCCCUCUGGCCGGAGCCCCUGGGGGUGGAACACUUCCUGCGGGAGAUGGGGCAGUUCUACGAGGCCGAAAGCUGUCUCGUGGAGGCCGGGAAGCUGCCGGCGGGGCAGAGGCGGUUCGCGCACUUCCCGGGCUUGGCCUUGGAACUGCUGCUGAAGGGGCUCCCCCUGGAGCUGAUCGAUGGGAACACCCUGAGCACCCCCCUGCGCUGGGUCACGGGGCUCCUGAAGGAGCUGCACGUCCGCCUGGAGAGGAGGUCGCGCCUGGUCGUCCUGUCAGUGCUCGGUGUGCCGGGCACAGGCAAGUCCACCCUCCUCAACACCAUGUUUGGGCUGCGGUUUGCCACGGGAAGGGGCCGUGGUCCUCGAGGGGCCUUCAUGCAGCUCCUGACGGUGGCCGAGAGCUUCAGCCAGGACCUGGGCUGUGACCACAUCCUGGUAAUCCACUCCGGGGGCUUGAUAGGUGGAGUCCUGACCGAGGCAGGGGAGAGGUUUGAGCAAGAGGCUUCCCUGGCCACGUUGAUUAUGGGGCUGAGCAACGUCACUGUGGUCAGUUUAGCUGAAACGAGGGACAUUCCGCCGGCUAUUCUGCAUGCGUUCCUGAGGCUGGAGAAAACAGGGCACAUGCCCAACUAUCAGUUUGUGUACCAGAGCCUGCAGGAUGCGUCUGCCCCCGGCUCCAAGCCAAGAGAGAGGAAGCAGCUCCUGGACGAGCCCAGGGAUGCGAGCAGAGCCACGGUGCAAAUGGAGCAUCAGGGUGGCGGGAUCCGGAUGCUGGCUGGCCUGGCCUUUUGUGACCCUGAGAAGCAGCACGUUUGGCACAUCCCUGGCCUGUGGCAUGGAGUGCCCCCCAUGGCCGCUGUGAGCUUGGGGUACAGUGAGGCCAUUUUUGAACUGAAGAGAUGCCUGCUGGAAAACAUCCGGAAUGGCCUGUCCAACCAAAACAAGAACAUUCAGCAGCUCAUUGAGUUGGUACGACGGCUGUGA